AUGCUCAGGACCCCCCCCCACACCCAGGUUAACCCUGGUAAAAUUUACAUGCCUCACGCGGUCUGUGAUGGCGCGCAACAACCGCGCAGUGGAGCUACUGGCCGGGCUAAGGCGGCCAGAGAGUGGAAGCGGGCACGGGCCCAUUAUGUACUGUCUGAGUCAGACGAUGAGGGGGAUGAGGGGUCGGAUGACCAUUACUCAGAUCCCUACGGGGACUUGAUCUCUGAUGACGAGGGCCUCCUGGGAACACAAUUCCCAUCUGCACCGACUCCUGCUACGGCACAGUCGGAGGUGCUUGGGGCAGAUGCAGUCUGUGACACGACUUUGUUCGACCCGGACAAUUUACGGCACCCUCGCUCCUCUGAAUGGGAGCCCUCCGAGCACAUCGCUCAGAACCUAGCUCUCAGAGUACGUAAAUCCCUCUCCCAGAAGGGUCGUAACAAGCUGAGAGCGAAAUGCCCCAUACCUAUUAUACCAGAUGCAGUGGCAAAAAACCCCAAAGUGGACCCUCAAAUUGUCCAAUUUUUGGCUAAGACCAGUUGGAAGCCUAAGAAGGGGCUAGACCACUCACUUCAAAAUUGUCAGGACAAGUUCCUAGACACUCUGGGUCCGGUCACUAAGUUCAGCUCAGGUACAAUUGGACUUUGA